AUGCGGCUCAUGUCCAGCCGGUACCCAGGCCCUGCGGUCUACAGCGGCGCAGCCUACAGGUCGAGCAGGCCUGUCCUAGAGCUUUAUCAGUCUAGAUGUUACUCUUCUGGAGGAAGAAAGGGUUUUAUAUCAGGUUUUGUGGAGAACAUCAAACAGGAGUUAGCCAAAAAUAAAGAGAUGAAAGAAAGUAUUAAAAAAUUCCGAGAUGAAGCUAAAAAGCUGGAAGAAUCUGAUGCACUCCGAGAAGCGAGGAGGAAAUAUAAAACCAUUGAAUCUGAAACAGUGAAGACAUCCGAAGUGAUUAAAAAGAAACUUGAAGAAAUAACUGGUACAGUUAAAGAGAGUUUGGACGAAGUCAGUAAAAGUGAUUUUGGCCGGAAGAUAAAGGAAGGUGUGGAAGAAGCAGCAAAAACAGCAAAGCAGUCUGCAGAGUCAGUGACAAAAGGAGGGGAGAAACUAGGCAAGACAGCAGCUUUCAAAGCCAUUUCUCAGGGAGUAGAAACUGUUAAGAAGGAAAUAGACGAAAGUGUUUUAGGGCGGACAGGUCCUUACAAACGUCCAGAGCGACUACGAAAAAGGAAAGAAUUUUCGGGCGAGGGGAUUAAAGAGGAGCGAAUAUUCGAAGCUAAUGAGUAA